GCCAACCAAAUUUUCACCAUGAUGCUAGACUCUCGGUCGAUACCAGGAGAUAGCAGCGAAGAAGAUUUUGAGUGGGAGGAGGUUGAUGUUCCUCAGCAAAUCCAUGAAACCAACCCAGAGUUAGAACUCCAGUUGGAAGGACCGGCACCACGAGCGAAUAUCGAAAUCACCCUACACCCGGGGACGAAGAAGGAUGAUUCCAAGAAGGCAGCCGCAGCCGCAGCACGAGCUGAACGCAUCUUGAGGACUGGAACUCAUAAAGUCCACACAGUGUGUCUUCUUGCAAAUGCAAGAGUACGGAAUAAGUGGCUAAACGACGAGGUUCUUCACGCUCGAUUGCUCUCCUUAACACCACUUCAUCUUCAUAAUGGUUUUGCUUUAAUACACAAGUCUCGUGAACCCGACCACAAUAAGCGAGGUCGAUUAUUUGAGGCCGCCGUCACUCGCUUGGCGGAAUGGUGGACAAGCACAUUUUUCAGCGUUCUUCCUACAGGACACAUCAAAAACAGGACUUUCGACGAGAACGAGCGUGAUCUUGCCCUACGAGGAAACGCAAUUUUUGAAGACGAGGAAAGCGACGACGGGGAACGUAUUCGAAGUCCAAAUAGUCUUAUGAAACACGCCUUGAUGCAAACUGGUUCUCGUGAUACAAGUGCGCAAUUAUUCACUGCGUUGUGUCGAGCAUUGGACAUCCCUGCUAGAUUGGUUGUUAGUCUUCAGAGCGUUCCAUGGCAGUCUAGUGUGGGAAAACCCAAAUUCAAAAUCAGCGAGAAAGGUCGUCCAUCAUCUAGACAGAAGGGGAAGGAGAGAGCCAGGGACACUGAUGGUUUAUCGCAAGACAGCGACUUCGAAGGAGCAAAAGAAAUCAACUCCCAGUCACCAGCAGAAGUUCUAGGUGAUACAUCCCCUGGGAAAGCUUCGGCUCAAGCCAAAGGAAAAGGGAAGGCGCAGCCGGUCAUCAAGCUCAGGAAAACUAAGCGCUACUCUGAAAAUCGAGCGAGCACCAGAGCUCCCUUCGAUCCUACAGUCACUCCUCCUGUGUUCUGGACAGAGGUUUUUUCGCGCGCAGAUGGCCGGUGGCUUCCUGUCGAUCCAAUUCGUGGUUUCGUCAACAAACGCCAUGUUUUUGACCCUUCCGCUGAAAACUCAUUCAGGUCUGGAGUACCACAAGAGAAUCGCAUGACUUAUGUGGUUGCGCUAGAAGAGGAUGGUUUCGGCCGUGACGUGACAGCACGAUAUGCCAAAGACUACACCGCUAAAGUGGCGAAGGUGCAAGGAGUUGGGAUAGGCAGGCGAAAAGAGUGGUGGGAUAGCGUCGUGCAGCUAGUGACCAGGCCCUAUCGAUUGCAACGUGAUGACACCGAGGAUACAGAACUGCAUAAUCAUCAGCUUACCGAGGGCAUGCCCACCAUACUUGCCGGAUUCAAGGGUCAUCCUUUAUAUGUCCUCUCACGGCAUCUGAGGCGUGAGGAGGUCAUUGAUCCUCCUGUCGAGUUGGGCAAGUUCCGGGGCGAACCUGUGUAUCCUCGAUCUUCCGUCAUAUCUCUGAAGGCCGCGGAAAACUGGAUGCGCCAAGGGCGUGUGGUUCGAGAAGGUUGCCAGCCUAUGAAGAUGGUCAAGCAACGUGCUGUCACUAUUGGCCGCAAGCGGGAAAUGGAGCUUGCACUCGAGAAAGCAAGAACAGAUAGCCACGGUGGAGAUGGCCAGGAGGACAUGCAAGGCCUAUACGCAAAGUCCCAGACGGAGCUUUACAAGCCUCAGCCAGUCAUUGACGGAAAAGUUCCUAAGAACGAUUUUGGGAACAUCGAUCUGUAUGUUCCGUCAAUGCUCCCUGAGGGUAGUAUUCAUAUCCCGUUCAAAGGCAUUGCCAAAGUGGCCAAGAGGCUUGGCUUUGAUUAUGCAGAAGCAGUGACUGGUUUUGAAUUCAGGAAUCGGAGAGCUAUCCCGGUAAUUGAGGGAAUUGUUGUGGCCGAGGAGAACGAAACUAUCAUAGUGGAGGCGUAUUUGGAAGCUGAAAAUGAUGCAGAAGAGAAAGCGCAUGCCAAACGUUUGGAUCAGGUUCACAAGCGUUGGAUACGUCUCGUGCAAGGGCUUCGGAUUCGAGAUCGUCUCCGCAGGCAAUACGCAUCCAAUACAGAUGAUGCAACGCCGCAGCAUUGGUUGGAUACGCAUAAUGCUGAGGCACAUCAAGGCGAGCAACAACCAGGAGGGUACCUCACCACCGCGGACGAUGUGGUGAAGCCGUUUCAUCUCCCAAAAGAUCAGCAUACUGUUUUGCCUUCAUCCUUACUUUCUUCGACUACCGGUGACGAUGGCGCCGAAAUCGACGAGGCUGUACCCGAGCGUAGUGGUGCUGCGGUGUCUUAUACACAUCCCCGCGAUUCGCCCCUUCAUUUCGCCCAAGAUGUGCAGAUGGGCGAGGUAUCCGCUGACUUGCCUUCUCGGCGGAGUAAUGUAAUGCCUAAGUCGAUGCGCGAGCUGGCCGAAGACGACUUGAAGAGACAGGCCUCGGAGAUCGCUCCUUCUGAUGAACCUGAACGUCGGCCGCGUUCUACUCCCGCUGCGAGGACAAUGAAAGGCGGGCGAGUGAAGAUGCUAAUGAAGAGUGGUACUAAUACUCCUUCCAAGGGCAACUCGUCUAUAGAGCGGAAGAAUGGAAAGAAGCGGAUCAGAGAAGACAGCGAUAGCGCAUCAGAGGACGAUCAUAUCGACAAUGCAGCUUCUACACGUGAUGGGAAUUCCAGUAAGGGAAACCCACCUACGACGGGCAGAGUCUUGCGGCCUCGCCCGCAGAAGAAUGCUGCUAAAUUGCGUGAAGAAGCUGAGUUAGAACGAGCAUUUAGAAGAGCGAUAGCAGAGUAGAUCCGUUCGAGGGGCUUCUCCCUACUUUAUAGCUAUAUGAUUUAUAUCGUCAGAAUAUACA